CAUGUCUUCUGUUGCAGUUGUUGGUGCCGGAGUCAUUGGUCUCUCUUCAGCUGUUUCUAUCCUAGAGAGAGAUCCUACUAUCAAAGUUACGCUUAUAGCAGAUAAGUUCUCCCCCUAUACGACCAGCGAUGGCGCGGCUGGGCUUAUCAUGCCCUUUGUGAUGGGCUGUACACCCGUACACUUGCAAAGAAAGUGGUUUGAUGAAACUAUGAAAAAAUUACAAGAGCUAAUGAAGAGGAAGGAUGCUGGCCAAAGUUUGGGAAUCUAUAAGUUGAGUCUUGUCUAUCUCUCUGAUGACGAAAAUGAAGAGGAACCCCACUGGAAAGAUCUUGUUGAUGGUUAUCAUGUUCUUACUCAGAAAGAACUUCAGAAGUUUCCACAGUCAUCCAAAUUUGGUUUCUCCUGUAGAAUAAUGUUUUUGAAUGGAAGGCAUUACGAUCCAUGGCUUCUAGAAAGGUUUAAGCAUCUGGGUGGGUACAUUAUCAAGAAAACACUAGAUUCCUUGGAGGAGCUUGCAGGUGUCUAUGAUGUUGUUGUAAAUUGCUCUGGGAUGAGAGCAAAGGAAUUGGUGAAUGACUUUUCCAUGGAUCCUGUGAGAGGUCAAGUAUUGAGAGUGUUUGCACCAUGGAUAAAAGAGGCUUAUGCGCUGGAUACCAAGCACCUUCAGAAGCAGGAGAGAUACUGUUAUAUCCUUCCACAAGCAAACGGUGAAGUUGUUCUCGGAGGGACUGGGUAUCAUCAAACCUCGGACACAAAAAUAAGUGCCGAUGAUACUCGACACAUUCUGGAAGUGACAAGAGAACUAGUGCCUAGUCUCGCUCGAGCUCCAGUAUUGGAGGCCUGGGUUGGACUACGACCUGGUCGAUCAAGUGUCAGGCUUGAAAGAGAAGUUAUGAAAUUUAACAAAAAUCUGGGAAAUGAAAAAACUCUGAAAGUUGUCCAUAAUUAUGGUCACGGAGGUGGAGGACUCACAGUACACUGGGGUUGUGCCAAGGACUGUAUGGACUUAGUUUUUCAAUUUCUGGCAGAGGAGCACAAGUCAAAACUUUGAAAAUCAAAGAUGUUGAAGUUAAAGUGCACUUUGACGAGAUGUUGUGCGUUCGUUUAUACCUCAUCAUUACGCUUUAGAAUACACAAAUUCAAAAUAAAAAGCACUUUUUACUUUUAUCAAGUGUAAAUUAAGCGAUAUUCACGAAUUGAUAAAUUUUGACAGCUGACUGAGAGAGAUUAAUUUGGGUACCGAAUGAUGUUAAAAAUGUACUAGGCCUAUAUGUUACAAAGCAGGAAUCUCAGUCCGUUCGGACACCAUCAACUGAUAGUUCAGGAUAGUGUCAUAUUCAAACGAGUGUCGGAAGUAGUACGUGUUUGUUUUGUUUUACUUCAUUUCGCUGUCGAUCCCUACUAACCAAAUAAAUGCAAUAUUUAAAUCUA